CUGUCAAAAUCUUUCUCGUAUUAUGGAAAAUACGCAAGUAUCUUUUUCAGUUUUCAGGCUAGUUUUCUUAAAAUAAAGCAGUUUAAAAGAAAAUAUCACGAUAGUUUACGAUAACUUGUAGCGGAAAACUUCUAUGAACCAGGCUUCUAACGUUUCGAACGGAAAAAUUGGUUUGAUUCGAAAAUGUCCUCGUCGGAUGAACUGGAUGAUGGUGGAGCUCGAGAUAAGGCACCAGAGUUGCAUGGAGAAGAUCUUCUUGCAGAAAUAAAGGAGGAGCCGGUGGACGUCGAUUCGCAGCUAAUGGAUUUGGACGGAUCACCUCCUCCGGCGUUUGGUCCUGCUGCGCUGGGCCUACAUCCGGUAGGAACGAAAUUUCCCGUGAAAACUACUCCUACACGUAUGGCUCCGGUGCAGUUGAAUGCCCGCGGCAUGCCGGCCAGGAUAAGAAAAAAGAAUAAACUGUUCUUCGAUGAGGACGUAUUGAUCAACGAUAAGAUCCCGCCAAAGGGAAGUCCCCGGAAAGGUGGAAACUCUGCACCAUCAUCGCCACUGAAAGGCUUGGUAACUCCGGGGAAAAAUUUAACCAAAUCGGCACAGAAGAAGAAAAUGCUCUCGCGCCUCGUCAAGAUGAAGGACAGCCUGAAGAAGCGCAAAGAGGAUCCGGACGAGAUGGGUGCAGCUAGUACCAGCAGCGUUAGCAAGGUUAUUAAUCCUGUUGCUCUGGUAGACAAAAAAGCAAGCCAACGUAUCGGGUUGCGUUUGAGAAACCUGUUGAAGCUACCAAAAGCACACAAAUUUGUCAGUUACGAGUGGUUCUACAGCAAUAUAGACCGGGCUUUGUUUGAGGGGGAGAACGAUUUCCAGAUAUAUUUGCGUGAUAUGUAUCCGGAUUUGAAGACGCGUCAUUUAACAAGAGCUGAGUGGAACAAGAUCCGCCGAUCGAUGGGUAAACCACGUCGCUGUUCGGCAGCAUUCUUUUUAGAGGAACGGCGUGAGUUAGAACGUAAGCGGCAAAAGAUUCGGCUGUUACAAACUAAACGUUCCGGUGAUGUUUCGUUUGUGCGAGAUUUGCCAAAAGAAAUUCCCCAAUCGCUUUCAGUUGGCACCAAAGUAACUGCACGUCUACGUGCCCCACAAGAUGGCCUGUUCACUGGAGUCGUGGAUGCCAUAGACGUGAUGACAAGCUCGUAUCGCAUUACAUUCGAUAGGCCAGGUCUUGGUUCGCAUACAAUUCCAGAUUUUGAAGUUGUUUCCAAUGAUACACCGGACAAAAUCGCAUUGAACAGCAUUACCAAGGAUUUUCGACCGAAGUAUCAAAACGCAUCCUUCUAUGUAGCGUCACCUGCCAUUAAAAAUCCGAUAACCGGAAUAAAAGGGGAUCCGCUUCUUGGUGGUGAUAGUUAUCCUAAAAUUCCGGGCAUGCCUGAAAACAAAAUGCUUUUCCCCAAGGACAACAUUGGUGGAUUUCCCGUGAAAUUGUUGGAAUUGAUUGUGCGAACCAAGAAAACUCUUUCAGCCAAGCAGAUGAAACUGCUACGAUUGCAAAAUAUGAACUCAGAGGCGGAAAUUUACAAAUCUUAUGGUGAUCCGUUUCCCGAAGAAUUUCAAAAACGCUACGCUUCGCUGGUAGUGGCAAUGGAGAAACUUAAUAGGGACAUACAUGAACAGCUCAAUCAGCUCCAAGUCAGUUGCAAGAAUCUAACUCAGGACCCAGGAGUUAUUGCCAUGAUCGCACCUAGUCAUCUGCGGGAACAGUGUCGCGAACAGGCCGAGGAAACGUUCGAAAAGAACAAUAACGGCCAACUGACCAAUGAUGCCAUGAUCAAACUUAUCAAGGAUCUCACCACCAUCAUGUACGUGGCUUCCAGUUUGGGCACAUCCGAUCAUCAGACGGAACAUUCCCUCGAGGUGCUCAAGGGCUGUAUGGAGGAGACCAAGGGAAGGCUGGACUUUGAAAACGUGUUCCACUUCCAGCGUGUUGUGAUGCAACAGAUGCGGCACAUUCAGGAUGGGUUUGCCGCUGCGAGCAAACAGAAACAACAACAGCAGCAGCCACAAAGUGGUGCAGAGGCAUCCGUUUCGAGCCAAGGAAUGGUGUCGGUCUGAACUUUGUAGCCCGAGGGAAGUGUGCAGUUAUUUUUUUCUUCUUCACCUUUUAUGGUUUAAAAAUCGAUGACCUUUUUGUAUUAUUAUUUCCUUUUCCGACAUUUAUCAUAAUUCCUAAUCGCCCUAGACUAUAUUAUGUAAUAAAGAAGCUAUCCAGAAGAGUAUCUAUCGUACAAAGAA